AUGGCCGACCGCGCCUUGGACGGAAAGGCCGGGUCUGGUCGCAAACGGCGUCUGCCCGCCUUUCUAGACCAUUUCAGCGCGCGCGAGCUCAAGAUCUUCUUUCGCUGCUGGGUGGCCGUUUGGGUCGCCUCUCUGUUGAUCUUCAUCGAUCCCGUCGCGACUGAUUUUGGCCAGGCCACGUUCUUUGCUUGCAUGGUCCUUUUCUUCCUCCCUCCCGCCGGUGUCCUCUUCGUGUAUAUCCUCGGAGCGCUCUCGUUGUUCGUCGGAAUAUGUCUUGCAUGGGCAUGGGGCGUAAUCGCGAUGAAGGCGGCGCUGGCCGCCAGACCGGGGGCAGAGACGCAGGCAAGAGUAGGGGCGCUUCAGCAGGCUGCCGCAGCUGAAGCGCAGGAGACCGGCGCCUCAGCGAGCAGUAUCGCUCAGCGCUUAGUGUAUAAUGGGUGGAUGUUGGAUGCGCGGGUUACUGUGAUCUUCUACUGUAUGCUAUGCCUCUUUAUCUACUUCAUGGCGCGACUGCGAGCAGCCAACCCCAAGGCUACUCUGACCUCCAUCUUUGGGAUCAUUAUUAUUGAUAUGUUUCUUUGCUACGGCCCCAUUCUAACUUCCUUCAACGGGACCCUGCCGCUACCACUGGUGAAACCGUCCGCCACAGCCGUAGGGCUGGGUGCCGUCUGUUCUAUCAUAUUCUUUCCCCGUUCCACCUCAGACAUUAUCCUAGAGGAUAUGCAGGGACUGCUUGAGCUUCUGAAAUCCUCACUGCAGCUCUCUUACUCCGCCCUGGGCAGGUCCUCCGACCAGCUUGGCCCGCAACAGCUUCAAAAAUGGCGAAUGAAGAUUAUUGCCCACUACCGGACCCUGGAGCCCUCGUUUGGGUUCUUGCCGCUUGAUUUCCAUAUCGGUAGCUGGGGCGCAGAGGUAGUCACCACGUUCCGAGAGCCGGUCCGCCAUCUCGUCGCUGCCAUCUUGACACUGUCGGAAUUCCACAAGGAGACCGUCGAGAAACGGAUUCAGACCCAGGAGCUCGAGCUGAAGGACCCGUCGAUUCACCAGCAUGAGGACGGUACGGAUGAGAAGAAGGACCGGAAGGUGGGCGCACACCACCGCUCGCAGCUCGCAGAGCUCAUCCAGGGUUUGCAAUACACCCAACACCACUCGAUCCCGGAAGACGUUGCCAGCGAGUUUAUCAGCCUGAGCAGCAAUGCGAUGGAAGCUUGCCUGGACGGACUGAGCGUUAUUGGCGAAUGCCUUCAGUUUGUCGACCGCCAACGCUGGUACCAUAAGGCCCCCUCUGCAGCACAUGAGGAGCUGCAAGAGCGUACCAAGACAGUGCUCGAAAGACUACUCCAAACGAGAGCGGCCUUUUUGGCCGACAUGACUGAAUCCCUCGUCAGGGCGUAUGGGCCGAUCCUCGACAAGCCAGACCACCACAACCACGCAAACCAGGCGGACCAGCUGGCAGGGAUUAUCAUCUGCAUGAACUUCCAAGAGCACAUGGCGAACACAAUGGAUAAAACGGGAGCUCUGUUGUCAAGUAUGUCGAGCGCUCUUCCCAAAGCAUCUCGAACGCGGUUCUAUGUACCGACGAGCCUGAAGUAUGCGGGCCGAUGGCUGGUUGGGAAGAAGGACAAGGCUCCCGUCAUGGCACCUACAAACGACGAUAGCCCUGCCCAGGAUCCGGCUGGGGAUGCCACACAGACUGCGCAGGAGAAACUGCGUGUCCGCCGCGGAUACCGGCCCCGGACACGUCAUCCCUUGGGCAAGGCGAUCCUUGGGACUUACCACUGGCUGACGUGUGAUGAGGGCUUGUUUGCACUGCGCAUGGUGGUGGUCACUAUCGCCGUCUCCAUCGCCGCCGUUCUUCCAAACACUGCUGGGUUCUUCUACCGCGAAAGGGGCCUCUGGGCUUUGAUAAUGUCGCAGACAGGUCUGUUGGUGUAUAUGGCCGACUUCACCUUCGCCGUGCUCACCAGACUGAUCGGCACCGUCGCUGGAGGAGUCCUGGGGUUGCUCGCUUGGUACAUCGGUUCUGGCCAUGGGCCAGGCAAUCCGUACGGCUUGUCGGCAGCCCUGGCUGUCUUGCUGGCGAUUUUCCUCUGGGUGCGGCUCUACCUCCCGCCAGUGUUCCUUCAAGGGGGGAUUAUGAGUGCUGCAACGUUUCUCUUAGUGGUGGCCUACAGCUACGUUGAUACACACAACCCUGCGUAUGGCAACCCUGGCGUCGGGUACCAGGUCUUCUGGCGACGUCUCCUCCUCGUGCUGAUAGGAGUUGCAGCAGCGAUCAUCGUCCAGAUACUGCCUCGUCCCCCAUCAGCAGCACGGCACGUUUGCAGCUCGCUUUCACGUUCUCUUCGCACUCUAUCAGAUCACUACGCCCUCCUCCUCUCCUGCUGGGGUCGUGUCGGCGACGAGGGCAGAGCUAUUACCGAGCCUAUCUGGCUCGAACUCACCGAGUCACUGGUGCUGCUCGAAGGGCCAAUAUUCAAUCUCCGUUUUGAGUUUUCCAGUUCUCGCUUCGACUCUGAGAGCCUCGGCCAAGUCAAACAAAUCUGCCACACUAUCAACGGUCUCCUCGCUCGACUGCUUGUUGCAUCGGCGUCCCUCCCACAAGCCUACAAAGACCGUCUCUCCAACCACAUGGGUAUGCUCGACCAUCGCCGUAUCGGCGAAAUCAUGGCUGUGCUCGGCGUAGCCGAGCAGUCACUUCGCACCGGUGACGCGCCCCCCGAGAUCCUCCCAACACCACUGGUCCGACGCGCGCUGGAGCACUGGCAGACGCAGACACUUCUGGAUGAGUACGCUGUAUUGGAUGCGGAGAUGAUCCGUGAUGAGAACUACCGGAGCUACUGCGUUGCAUUGGCGGCGUACAUUUCGUUCUUAGGCAAAAUCGAUGAGUUGGUCUUGGUGGUUAAGGGAGUGCUGGGGGAGGCCCAUUUAGUUUAG